AUGCGGGACGUUAAGGUCAGUCUCCCCCGGGAGCAACAAAGGGCCACGGCGGUCUCCUGCUCGCCCCGACCCGCAGGGACUCUGAGGCGCUCUCCAGCCGCCAGUCCCGUUCCACCUCCGAGGAGUCGUAAGAGCGCCGAGGAUGUAGUGUCCAGGCUGGCGCUCGGCUCGGCCGAGUUCAGCCCUCAACCUUCGCCCCUCCCAGAGGGCCGCCUAGGGGCCCCUGCCCGGCCCAGUCCGGGAGGCGCCAGACCCAGGUCCCAGGCAUCCCGCUCGCUCAUAGGCCCGCCGCGCCGCGCCCGCCCUGGCCAGGCCCGGCGCCGAGAGGGAGGGGCGGAGCCAGCGAGUUCGCGCCAAAAUCGCGUAGCUGAUCCCUCCCCAGCGGGCUACGUCGCGCCCUCCAUUUUUUUCAAACCCUAG